UUUUAUUAGUCGCUUUCGGUCGAUGUGUUUUGGGGGAGAAGUUUUGCCUUAAGGUCCUUUAUAGCUUAAAGCACAAUAACGAAAGCUAAAACGUUAAAGAGCAGAAUCCGCUUGCCUGAGAACAGCCCUGUUAACAAGCUAGCGGUUGUUAGCAUGUAGCUUGCAGGUGUUUUUGCUGUCAGCUCUUGUACACCAUGGACCAGAAGAUCCCAUAUGAUGACUACCAGCUCCCAGUGGUGUUCCUACCUUCUUAUGAGAACCCACCGGCAUGGAUAGCGCCACAGGAGCGUGUUCAUCACCCUGACUACAACAAUGAGCUCACACAGUUCCUACCACGCACCAUCGUACUGAAGAAACCUCCAGGGGCGCAGCUGGGCUUUAACAUCCGCGGGGGCAAGGCCUCCCAGCUGGGAAUUUUUAUAUCCAAGGUGGUUCCAGACUCCGAUGCCCACAGGGCAGGACUACAGGAGGGAGACCAGGUGCUCUCUGUGAAUGAGGUUGACUUCCAAGACAUAGAGCACUCCAGGGCUGUGGAGAUUCUGAAGACUGCUCGAGAAAUUCUGAUGAGGGUGCGCUUCUUUCCUUACAACUACCAGAGACAGAAGGAGAGGACUGUGCACUAGGUGGCAGCAGAUCACCUAGAGGGAGACAUGAACUAGGGGAGGGAGCUAGAGCGAGAGAGCCUCCGUGGGACUGAUGUCCUUGGUGGAUGGAUACGUCACCACACGUCAUGAUCCUCCUCCCACAGACUCCAGCCUCCAUUCUGUCUCAGCUUCAGGAUGACUGAUAAUAUGACUAAUGGACCAAUUCAUCGUUCUACAUGCAAGCACAGCACAUGAAACACUGUUUUCUCUCUCAGCCACACAGCGAGACACUCUCCCGUCUACUGUGACCAGUGUUGUUCCAUCAGGUAGAGGGAAAACCAAGAGGCAUGGCUGACAUGCUGCUUUUUAUAAUCCAUAACAAAAGUUUUUAGCAUUGAUAGUUUGUUUUGUAACAUUUAGACACUUACAGUUAUUGAAUUAACCAUCGCCAUACUGUUCACCUGGAACUCAAGCCUUGGUUACGUGCAGCUCGUCACAGAAUCAGAUCACUUUGAUCACCGAGUGCAAUAAAUGUACACAUUUGCCUCGGUGUUUUUUUAAUACUUAGAGAUAUUACGAUAUAAGGACAGCAGGACCUCAACAUAGUUCCAAUAGGCUGUAAACUGUAAAUAUCACUGUAUAAAGAUACAUUCAGCUUUUCGAUUAUCAGCAGUUAUGUCAGUGUGUAUGAAAGAUACAGUGUGUAUAUACUGGUAUAAAUUUAGUUGAAUGACGAGCAUCAAGAACCCGGUAUUGCGUUGAUACUGUGAAGUAGUAAAUUAAGAUGAAAUUUAAAAAAAAAAACAAAAAAAAAAAACAUUUUCCUACCAGGUUACACAUGGAAUUGAUUAUGCACUCAUACUCACACUACUUAUUUAAUUUGUAUAUUUUAGAUGCCAAACUCUUGAUAUUGAUUAUAAUUUUCUACAUGCUCUUAAGGUGGUGAAAAAAUGGACUGUAUAUUGUAACUUGAUAUUUGAUGUAAAUUAAAUUAGAUUAUUAUUGCCUGAUUAGGUGGUAUAAGGAUGACUGAACCACAGAGCCUCUGAACUGGUGUGUACAUUUCAACACAACAAUCCAAGAGUCAUUUAGCCUUUUGAGUGGUGUGGUGGGUAGAUGGAUGGAUGGAUGGAUGAUUGGAUGUCUUUUUUCUGUACAAUAAACAAAACAUAACUCUAUAUUGUUAUGCAUGCAUUAACUAAGAGAAUAAUAAAGAGUACACAAUUUAGCUUAUGUUUUAAUGCAGUGCAUCCACUAUGGUUAAAAAAGGAAUCUCUCAAACCUUAAUCAGGAUCCUGUCUGUACAGAAAACAAGUAAAUAAAGGAUAACAAAAUAUGCAGCCACUUUCUCCUCUAAAUUAAAAGGGUUUGACUCACAGGUUUUCCACUUCAUCCCACAGUUAGGUAUACUAAGUGGCUCCGACACAACACAUGAUCAGCUUCCAUACAGUUCUGUGUAUAUCAAAUACCUCCAAAACAAUACAUCAUGAUCUGUUAGGAGGUCAGACACACCCACUGGAUCAGCAUGUAUAGCACGUAGAUGUAACCUGACAGAUAUGAACAGCAAGUCAUCCACAGCAUAUUGGCAGAAUCAUUUCAAACAAACGUACAGGUCUCAGACAAAGGAUUUGAACAGACCCAGCCCUUAUGUAACCCCCCCCCCCUCCCCUUUGUGCACUGACAGGUGAAUCCAAGCUCCACAGAAAUGACAUUCAGGCUUGACAUUCUUGAACAGAUGGGCUACACGGUACAGUACGCUGCCCUGUCAUGAUACACUGGCACUGUAAACGUGUUGCUGCCGUAUCGCAGUAUGCAUCAAGUUCAUUGUAAAGAUGGAUUUUAAUACAUGUGAUGCAGCAAAACGUAAGCCUGUUGGUGCACAGCUAAUAGUUGACAUCAUUGAGAUCAUUUGUUUUUGUCCACAGAUGUACCACCUAAUUUUCAUGAGCCUGAUCUCAUGGAAUUCAGAAUUUAAUUAUGAAGAAAAAUAGAGAGAGGAGUGUAUCUUCUUUGGAAGAUGAAUGAAAUCCAACACGGGGCUCCCUUUUUUUCUCCUUUCUAAUAAUUUGAUUUAUUUCUCUUCAGGGGACAUGAGCUCAUGUGUUGACAUUUUUUUUAUGAGGUGUGUGUUUUGCUUUUUCGUUCAUUGUGAUUCAUAUCUACAUUUUGUAUGUACGUGGGUUUUAGGAUUUUUUUUUCAUCCAUUUUGAGUCGUCUGCUCUGUGAUGUCACUUCCUGUCAUUUCCCAUAUAUGUCUUGUUUGAGUCUCAACACUGAUUAGUCACCCUGACGGAGGCCUGUGUGCUGCAAUGCGAAGGUGCGUCUUAACCUUUGCCAUGCAUUAGCCAUACUAAUAAAGGCUUUUUUAAACCUUUCUCACACAACUGCCUUGGUCAACAUCUUUUUUGCAUCAAAAUAAAACUUCAUUGAAAUAUUUUUGUUUGCCCCUCUUGUUUGAGUGUGACAUUUUUUGAGUCUUAGUUACUCUAGUCUGAUUGCAUACUUGUAAGAGCUCAUCCUGAGUCAUGCAGCUUAUCUCAAGUAUGUUGGGCCGGUUUGCUCUGGUAACAGCGGCCCAACUUGUUGUUCCACUUUGGAUGGGUUUCUGCUGAGAGUGACAUCAGAAGUCAUUUGAAAACUAGAGUAAAUCACAGUCAUUACCAAAGCAUGUUAACCUUGUGGGGUUUAUUUAAAAAAAGACACGUCAAGACAAUGUGACACUGGUAAUGUCAAAUAACUUCAGAAACCAAACUUCAAGAGCUGAGCUUGUCUAAUUUCAGAGUCCCUCUUUGCUCUGUCAUAACUUCAUCUGAGCAGACAGUAACUUAAAUAAAUAAUCUUAGGAGUGUCCAAUCCUUCAGGUACAAUACAAUAUUUAACUUGGGGGGGAAAAAUGAUUGUGCCUUAAGAUUUUAAAUCACUGAGCUCACCAAUUAAUCCCACUGACUUACAACUUACUACGUACAAAUCCUGUGUUGUAUAACUUAGUGUGAUGAAUUCCAUUGCACAACAAUUCAAUAAAUACAAUAUUUAAAUAUAAAGCUGCAGGGAUUUCCUUGUUUUAAAAAAGUGGGGUGGAUAGAUACUGGCAAAUAUACAGUGACAAUGGAGUGAAAUUGUUUAUGUGUGUUGUAAACGCAAUAACUGUAUUUCUGUUAGACAGACUGACUCUCUGUCCAGGCCCAUAGCUCCUGUACAAACUAAAUUAAGGGUGAUUUCAACAAUUUGACUAAAUGCAUGGGUGUGAUUAAAAAAACAAAAACAAAAACAAAAAAACAAAGUGAUUAAAAUGUCAAGUGUGUCCAAUAAAGGCUCCAAUAACUUUGCCUCAAUGUUUACAUUCACCAAAAAUUAAAAAGGGGUUAACUAAAACAAUUUCUAUGUUUUCACAAGUAAAUCAACAGUGUAAGUACAGAUGUCAAGCGUACAUGGACCAAAAAAAAAAAAAAA